UUGAGGUAGAAACAGAAAUUCCUCUUCAAAGGAUUCUCACUGGUGAGCUAGGGUCGUGCCCUAGGCUUCACUCUGCUUUUUUUGCUUCACAGGAUCGGGAAAGGUUUGUGUUCCCGAAGCCUUGGGAGUUGUUACAGGCUAAGGAGAAGGGAUCUCAGUCUCUAGGAAGGGUCGCCCUCCUAGAGGCAGCUACUAUCGUAUCUCAGGAGUCUGUGGUGUUUCUAGAGCAGGCUUUGCUUUCACCAAAUCCAAGGAGGUGACAGGAGGAGUCCCUGCACAGGACUUAAGGAUGCUGUGACCAGACAUGGGAUCACGGAACAGCAGCAGCGCAGGAACUGGGUCCGGAGACCCCUCCGAGGGCUUGCCCCGAAGAGGGACUGGCCUGCGUAGGAGUGAGGAAGAGGAAGAGGAGGAUGAAGAUGUGGAUCUGGCCCAGGUACUGGCCUAUCUCCUACGCAGAGGCCAAGUGAGGUUGGUGCAGGGAGGAGGUGCAGCAAAUUUACAGCUCAUCCAGGCCCUCUCGGACUCGGAGGAAGAGCAUGACAGUGCCUGGGAUGGUCGUCUUGGAGACCGAUACAACCCACCCGUGGAUGCAACCCCUGACACCCGGGAGCUGGAAUGCAAUGAGAUCAAGACACAAGUGGAAUUGGCCACAGGGCGGCUGGGGCUUAGGCGGGCAGCCCGGGAGUACAGCUUUCCUCAAAUGCUGCACCAGAGAGAACGGGGCCUCUGCCACCAGGGAAGCUUCUCCCUUGGAGAACGGUCUCGAAUGAUGUCUCACUUCUUGCCCAAUGAUCUGGGCUUCACUGAUACCUACUCUCAGAAGGCUUUCUGUGGCAUCUACAGCAAAGAUGGUCAAAUCUUCAUGUCUGCUUGCCAAGACCAGACAAUCCGACUCUAUGACUGCCGGUAUGGCCGCUUUCAUAAAUUCAAGAGCAUCAAGGCCCGGGAUGUAGGCUGGAGCGUCUUGGAUGUGGCCUUCACCCCUGAUGGGAACCAUUUCCUUUACUCCAGCUGGUCUGAUUACAUUCAUAUCUGCAACAUCUACGGGGAGGGAGACACACAUACUGCCCUGGAUCUAAGGCCAGAUGAGCGUCGCUUUGCUGUGUUCUCCAUCGCUGUCUCCUCAGAUGGGCGAGAAGUGCUAGGAGGGGCCAAUGAUGGCUGCCUGUACGUCUUUGAUCGAGAACAGAACCGACGUACCCUUCAGAUUGAGUCCCAUGAGGAUGAUGUGAAUGCGGUGGCCUUUGCUGACAUCAGCUCCCAAAUCCUGUUCUCCGGGGGUGACGAUGCCAUCUGCAAAGUGUGGGAUCGACGCACCAUGCGGGAGGAUGACCCCAAGCCCGUGGGUGCACUGGCUGGACAUCAAGAUGGCAUCACCUUCAUUGACAGCAAGGGAGAUGCCCGGUAUCUCAUCUCCAACUCCAAAGACCAGACCAUCAAGCUCUGGGAUAUCCGACGCUUUUCUAGCCGGGAAGGCAUGGAAGCCUCUCGCCAGGCUGCCACACAGCAAAACUGGGACUACCGCUGGCAGCAGGUGCCCAAAAAAGCCUGGCGGAAGCUGAAGCUCCCAGGGGACAGCUCCUUGAUGACCUACCGGGGCCAUGGGGUGCUGCAUACCCUCAUCCGCUGCCGAUUCUCCCCCACCCAUAGCACCGGCCAGCAGUUCAUCUACAGUGGCUGCUCCACUGGCAAAGUGGUCGUGUACGACCUCCUCAGUGGCCACAUCGUGAAGAAGCUGACCAACCACAAGGCCUGUGUGCGUGACGUCAGCUGGCACCCCUUUGAGGAGAAGAUUGUCAGCAGUUCGUGGGACGGGAACCUGCGUCUGUGGCAGUACCGCCAGGCUGAGUACUUCCAGGAUGACAUGCCAGAGUCUGAGGAACACCCGAGCACCCCUGCCCCAAUGUCCCACCCCUCUACAGCCUUUUCCUCGCCUCAGUAGAUCUGACUUCCAGCCCCAUUCAUGGGGGACACGGCUUCAAGCCCUGGUCCAGGAAGAUCCCACAUGCUGUGUAGCAACUAAGCCCAUGCGCUGCAAGUACUGAGCCUGCACUCUGGAGCCCGCAAGCCACAACUGCUGAGCCCGCAUGCCACAGCUACUGAAGCGCGUGCACUUAGAGCCCAUGCUCCACAAGAGAAGCCACCGCAAUGAGAAGCCUGCGCACCGCAAUGAAGAGUAGCCCCCACUCACCACUGCUAGAGAAAAGCCCGUGUGCAGCAACGAAGACCCAAUGCAGCAAAAAACAAAUAAUUUUUUUAAAAAAGAAAACUAUAAAUUCCAUUUGAAAAAAAUGCAUUUCUAAUACAAUUUUAGUUUAUUAUUAUCAAACUGUGUGAAAUAUUUG